AUGUUUGGUCACCAUGUUUUCGAUGAGCGCUGGAUACGAGUUUUAGAGAGUGUGGAAGUACCGGCUGAAGAUCGUUUUGACAAUGGACAAGAACCCACCGAGCAAGAAAAAAUGCGUAUUCCUUCAAUUUAUGGUUUGUACGAAAGACUCAAGGUUCUCGUUGACAUGCUCAAAAUAAAAGUAACGUAUACUGACCUACUCCAACUCGUCGAAGAUCAUUUGAGCGUCUGCCACGGCGAUCCGGAUUUCUACGACUCCUCAAUUUUGGCCGUUCUAAAGACAAGAAUGCCCAAGAUCAUCCUCGAAAAACUCUGUCGCCUUCUUUUCGAAGAAAUUUCAUUGAACAAAGUGUACAUCACCCCGCAAGAUCUUGGUGCAUUUCACCGCAAAAAUAAGAUCAAAAUUUCCGCCAAAGAAAUCCGGAUGAUCAUUCACGAGAUCGAUCGAAGUAAGGAAGCGAAGAUUUCCUUCGAGGACUUCUCCGCUUUUUUGGCUCGUGACACAAUGGAAGAAUUCGAAGAGGCGAAGAAACGAAUCGAAUCUGUUUCAAGUGAUAAAACCCAAUAA